UAAAAAUUCAAAUUUAUGUUUGCAAUAUUUUACGGAUAACAGUGUAAAGUAUGGGUAAUCUCCAGUCUGGACAGCAAUCCUCUACAAUCUUGCAAGAUGAAGAAGAUGAAGUGGAGAGCUCUAAUGUGGAGGAAAACAGCAGUAAAGGGAAGAACCAGGCUGUUACACCAGAAGAACACACCCCUGGUCAGGCUGGAGAUGUAGGUCAACACGCAGCCCUUGAAGAUGUAGAAAUAACUGCUGAUGAUGGUGUGUUCCAAGAAGAUUCCCGACCAGGCAGUAGUUUACAGGAAGAUGAAAAGGAGGAGCCACUGGUCUGGGACGUCGACACCUCAGACUUUAACAAACCUAAACGAUCAAAACCUAAACUCAAACUAGGGAUGCCCAAGUUGAAAUCUCCAAGGAGAUCUGCUAAGAAACUUGAAGAAGAGUCUGAAACAGUUGCCGUGGAAACAGACCCAAACAUUCCAUCAUGCUCGGCUACCAUAGAAACUAUGUCUCAACGCAAGGUGCUGGAUAUGAAACGGUGGUUCUGUAUCAGCAGACCGCAGUACAAGAAAUCUUGUGGAAUAUCUUCAUUAGUGUCUUGCUGGAACUACCUCUUCUCAACCCUUGGCGCUGGUACAUUGAAGCCAAUCACACAGGAAGAAGCUCUUACAAUACUGGAUUUUAAACCACCAUUUGAGGAAAUUCGCUUUGGCCCUUUCACUGGAAAUGCUACUCUUAUGAGAUGGUUUAAGAAACUAAAUGAUCAUUAUGGUGUCCGUGGAAGCAGCCAUUUCUUCUACAAACCAAUGGGAAGGAAUAAAACAUAUGGGGUGUCAUCAGAUGAGGCUUUACUUAAGUUAAAGAAGAGUUUAAAGCAGGAUGACAUUGCCUUUAUUUACCACUGCCAGAACCAUUACUUCUGCCCUAUGGGAUAUGAGGAUGUGCCGGUUAAGGCUGUUGAUGCUUAUAAAGCUAAACUUGACCAAACUGAUGUUGACACUUGGAUAUUGAUAGGUGAACCAAGUAGGAAGCAGCCAUGCAUCCAUUCCAUCAGAUGGGAAGAUAUUAGCACUGACCUCAACAAUGGGAACCCUGAUUAUAUCGAUAUCCGCAGAUUAUGGAAAGGACCCCUUAAGCGCAAUACCAAAAAAAUUGGAGGUAAUCUUCACUGCAUUAUGGCAUUCCAGCGUAACAAAAUUCAAACUGUAAAAACGGCAAAAACUGAAACGUUCAUGGACCGUUUCCAACGUUUCGGAUCAAUGCGUUCCACCAAGAAGAAACAGGAUGCGGUUGCUAUGGUUACGGAUCAAGAAAAAAUGGCGACUGAUGGUUCAGGCUCUGAAUUUAGCAUUGAUGUGGAAAUGACAGAGGAGCAGCCUGAAGAGGACACAACUGAAUCCCUGCACUCAGAUUCUUCAAGUGAUUAA